CUUAGUAACAGGAGACUAGCACAACAUAGUAACCGGAUGCCUAACUCUCUCAGCCUUCUUGAACACCCGGCCCCUAGACAACGACAUCUCCUGGAUAAUACGGUGUCCUUUCUAAGAGUGGCUACUACUGCGCGCUUGGAAUAAGGAAUCAAGAAAAACUCAAGUACUAAGCCAUUCCGACUCUGCGACGGACCCAGGGUUCCAGCGAUGAAGGUAACAGGCUGGAGCCGACCGGCCGCAAUGCUUCCUUAGUAUGCCGUGCAGUGCAAGGCCAAACUGCCUGAUCCAAGUUUACAGUAUCAUCGACAGAGGCUGGACGGGACGCCGCAUCUCCUGGCAUCAUACCUACUGCUUGGGCGCCGGGAACGGAAGGUUUCCUGCAUAUUGGAUGACGCAUCGGUCUGGACUCUUUGUUAGGUGCUAACUAAACUGUUCUGGGCGCUUCUUGUACUGCCUAGCCUGUGGCCGUCGAUACUUACACAGAUCCCAACUGAGACAGCAUUUCCAGCCUAAGCUGGCCGACUAUGAGUGGUGUUGAAAUACUUGGGAUCGCAGCCGGGGUGGUGCAGCUAGCCGAUUUGGGUGCCAGGCUAUCGGUGAAUCUGUACACAUUCAGCCGCAAGGUCAAGGAUGCCAACAAGGAGAUCGAUUCUCUCUGCAACGAUAUCGCCGGGACGGGAGCGGUGCUAAAGACUCUCGGUGAACAGAUCAAUACAGAUUUGGAUCCCAGGCUGUUUAAAAAUGAGACGAUUAUCCAAGCGCAGAGAUUGAUGAACGACUGCAAAGGUCUCUACGACGAAAUCAACGAAGCCAUCGAUCGCCAUGGUAAGUACGAUGACGACAGCAGCGCCGACAAGCGGAAAUCUGCGGAAAUCCCAGGGCCGCCCGGUAUGCGGCGGCUCUGGACGAAAGUGCGGUGGCCAUUUGUGCAGGGAAAAAUAAAAGCGUUGAAAUCGAGAUUGGGAUAUCUCAAGGCCGAGCUUAUGCUCAUGCUACAGGGAUUGAUAUUGGUGGCUCUAGCUCGUCGCCACGAAGACUGGGACGUCAUGCAAGACCAACACGCUCUGGUAUAUGAGUUAUGGACGGAGCAGAAGAAGGCGUUGGCGCUGGCACAAUUCCAUGAGGACGUGGACAUGCUCGAUGGACCAGCAGCCGUCGAGUCCCAAGGGUUGUCCCCACCCACCGACUUUGCAGCCGCCUCGUCGCUCGCAGAACGUCCUACGUCCGGGGUCCCGGUCGAGUCUAUGGCUCCGCUCCGUCCGAUGGCGGCCAUGACGGUCGUCGACUACAGGCCCCCGAGCCUUCCCGAGAACCUGCACGACGAGCGAGCCGAGCAAAUCUUUGAUCACUGCCGCCUUGUGGAGACGCUGCUCAAACAAGUCGGUGACCACAAUUGGAGGGUCACCCAGGACAUUCGAGCUAAGACUGGAGAUAAGAUCCUCCAGGCGCACUACAUGCAAUGGCGUCGCCAUUUCCAUCACCACGACGAUACGGUCAAAUUCAAGUACUUUGAAAGGUUUCCCAACCUGGAGCACUACUAUUACUGGCAAGACCAGGACCGGGCCUUCGCCGCCGCAGAAGAAGCAAAAGAAAUGGGAAGGGAUACAUGGGUGAGAGGACACCAGGAACGUGAGCCGGAACCAGCUCAACUGCCGCGGGGAAGUCGGCAAGGCGUGGCACGUUCGACUCCCCGGUCUCGACAUGAAUACAAAUCUUUUUGCCAAAAUGAACGACCCACCAACCGAUCCAGAGAUCACAUGUCACGCGAGGGAGCUGAUGUUGAUGCUCCUCUCCAGGCCCGUGUGUCUCCGGCGCCACCUUCUCCAGAUCGCAGAACUACGCCCCAGUCGGUACGAUUACCAGAUGAGAUAUCACUCCCAAACCGCACACUUGGGGUACAAGCAGGUGACAUGUCUGAGGCAUCCAGAUCCAGUAGAACGGCGAGCGCGGUCUCCAGGGGGCUCCACAGAGAGCGUUCUGUACGAGAUAUGGACGAUCGAACAACCUUCCCCGACGAAGGACCAGAGACUCAGAGCGACACCAGCGACUAUGAUGCUGAGGGCGAGGCUUUGGAACACGAAUCCCUUAACAUGAUGGAGGCUUUGGAACCCGAAUCCUUUAAUAUGAUGGAGUCUUUGGAACCCGACUCCUUUAACAUGAUGGAGGCCCGCUCCAGAGAUAUCUCGAGAGAUCGUUUUGUACAAGAUCUCUUCUCUCAAACAACCUUGGAUGAUGAAGGAUCAGAGGCCGAGAGCAACACCAGGGGCUACGGUGGUGAGGCUGGUGCUGGUGCCAAAGUUGAGGUCGAGUUGAAACAGCAGCUGAAGGAGUACCUUCAGCAUUACACGACAUUGACGGACGAAGAAUGGAGCUAUCUUGAAGAACUUUGACCAGCCCUCGGGACUAGGGAUGGAUUGGCAAUUUCAGCAACAGAUAGCAGUUUCAGCAACAGAUGGCAGUUUCAGCAACAGAUGGCAGUUUCAGCAACAGAUGGCAGUUUCAGCAACAGGUGGCAAGCUCAGCAACAGAUGACAGUCUCGGCAACAAAUGGCGGUCUCGGCAACAGAUAUGUCAGAUAAUGAUCUUAGCAACAAAUAGCGAUCUCCGCAACAGGCAAUGAGUCAGUGACCGGUUUGGCUUUUUCCUCACACGCCGAGAACUUGUCCAAAUAUCAAUCUCUUAGGCUGGGGUCCGUAGCGAACUAGGUAAUACUAAGGCUAUCCUCAUCGUUCACGGAUGAUCAGGUAAACAAUCAACCGUUAGUAGCUCCCUCUUCCAUUACAAAUGGGCCCCA